GUCAGGUACAUCAACUUCUGCUUAAACCCUGGGAAGAAAAGAGAGGUAACAGAAAGGGGGAAAUUUGACCUCUGUUUGUAAACAACAGCAUGACUUCACAUUUAAUUCGAGCUGUCUUAUAGCACACCUCUUACUGUUCAAUGGCAACACGAAGCGAGCAUCUCGCCCGGCCUAAACCCAACCUACUCAAAUUCCCAGACAGGCGCUCUGUAUACUGGUUGGAUGAGCUUCCAGUGAUGUCAAAACGCUCCACUGCGUUUGAGCUUACAUCACGAUGGUCCCAGCUGUCAGAGUGGAAAAAGAUUAGUACUCGCUAUGAGGACAACAGAAAAGCUCCUGAGUGGAAGGUGAGAGCAUCUGCAUUAAAGGCUCAUCCCUCUGAAAGAGUGUGUUCACUCGCUCGACCCCGUCAGCCUGCAGUCGGUUGGCAGCCUGAUCGAACCCUAUCGCCAACAUUGAGUAUGGGAGUGAGAACUGAAGCUAAAGCAAGUGCUCGGAUCUGCCAGCUGGCUCAACCAAAAAAGACAACAAUGGCAUUGACAUCAUUCAACAGCACUAAUAACUAUUUGGCACUUCCUCCACAAGCCAAGCCUUCUUCUCGCAUACACCUCCUGGCCGUUCCUAAAAAGGAGCAUCCUCAUUAUCAUCCAGACCGACCUGUGUCAUCACACGUGCCAAAGUCAGUCUUGAAGGCUGUGGCUAGUGAGAGGCUGCAUACACUGGCCAGACCAAAGCCCCGCAAACCUCUUUUCGAGGGAUUCGACCCAUAUAAAGUGAGCUCGGCUGCUUGUGCUGCUACUGCUUCUCCAAGAAUACAGGAACUAUCUCUGCCUCCAGCACGCAGGUGCAGGAUGAAAUCAGCCCAAGACGAGCAUAACCAUGUGUAAAAAGAUCUAUGCAAUAAAUGUAUU